GACUAUUGUUAAUCCUGAAAAUAUUUACUACCAAGAGAGUCGAAAACCCCAAAUACAUCAACUAACGUGUAGCUACUGUUUUCUGACCGUUCCAUCUUACUUCACCCUAAAUAUGGUGAUCAAACUCCUUCUAUAAAGAAUUUCCAUCAUGUAUUAGUGAUAGUCAACGUUUUCAAAAAUCUCAAUAAUUGCAAGAUUAUUUAUUUUAAACUCCAUAAAUGUUAAAAAAAUCACAUUCAAACUUUAUAUGAAAAGAUAUGAAUCGUUUUCAUAAUGUUAAUACCAAACCACAUCAAUCAUUUAAUCCAACAAUUAAAAAAUAUAACCAAAGGGAAUUCGCCCUAAUCAUGAACCUUUGCCUCACAAGUCACAAUUAAACUACCUCGUUCCUCAAAUACGCCCAAAUCACACAAGUCAUUUGGUAAAUUUUAUAAAAUGACUCGAGAGCUUCCAAAUUUGAUAUCUAUCCAACUGCUAUACGUCAUAGCAAAAUAUUAUUAAAAGUAAAUCAAUUUCUAUGCGGUUGUGGUUGGAAGAAAGCGGCCCAGUUAAACAGAGUGCAAUUUCAUGCGGAAACAAACAAAAGGGUUUCAGGUCGCAAAAGGAUAAAACAUACUAAAAUUAUUAUGGAUCACAACUUCGAUUUGAUAUGUUCUUCUUAUCCGUUUCGAUUAAAUUUUGAAUAAGUAUCGCAUUCAUUUUCUAUGUUUUGUUAAUAUCAUUUUUAAGUUGACUUGAAAAAAUAGCAAAUCUAAAAAUUUAGAGAUAGAAUUGAAAUAUAAAGCUCAACAAUCUUAGCAAAACUAUAUUGUCGAGAUUCAACUCUUACUCAUUUUGAGUAAUAGCUUUUGCCACAUCAAGCAAAUAAUGUUGUUAUUGUUUGUACAUAAAAAAAAAUGAUGCAUUAUAAACAAUAGGAACAUUAUAACUAUAUCAACCAAACUAUCACCAAAACCAAACGGCUUUUUAGUCAUAGACAUUCUUUUAUCUACCAUGUUCGCAGUAUACCAAUAACAUAAUAUUUACAUCAAAUUCUCUUAAUACAACAGAUCUCUCAACCUCAAAUCUUUAAUCUCACUAGUCUGAUCGAAGGGACAAUGAUUUGAAAAUCGUUUGAUUUUGUGAGACUAGAUUGUUACGACUUACAAUGUUUAUAUUAUAUUGUUAACAAUUCAUUGUUAGUUUCAGUUUUAUUGACGAACAACUCAAUAUAAAGAAUAGCUAAAUCUCAUUUUUUUUGUAGGUAAUAUUGUUUAAAUAGUAUGAAUGAAAUAGUUGGAUUCGUUUUUAUAUAGGCUGAAAUGGGUCAAAAUGCAAACUAAAUCGUAUAACUCUACAGACAACCUUUGGCUCGAAGUUAGACCGUGACUUUGAUUUGGCGCUAGGGGUUAGGCCUUAAUUAGCAACAAAUGAGAUAAGCCCCACCCACAACAGUUACUUUUUGUCUGUGGAAAAUAACAGUCAUUAGAUUCAUAAGUAAUCAAUCAAUUAUAAGACAAUUAAGAUGUGAUAUUAUUUGGUGUUGAUGAUGACGAUUCGAUUCCCUUGCCCCCCAAGUUGGCCCUAAAAUCAGUUCCGACCUCGACCGAUCGAUCAAUCAGCUCCGGCCACUGCUGGGACCAAUCACGGUGGUGGCAGGCAUCUAAGUUUGCCGCUACAUGUUCAAGUUGGUUUUGAGUUGCUCCCAAACACCAUAAAAAUGGAGCUCCCCUUUUUUGUUUUGUCCUAUGUUUUUCACUUUUUGCCCCUGUGGGACAUCAUCUCAUCUCCUCUCUCCACCACCAUCCCACAUGCACGAUGAUCAUCUUCCCCAUUUGCUGUUUUCUGUUUGUUAAUUCGGUUCCAACAAGAGGAGAUUCGGAUUACAGGUUAAGCAAACUUCAUGUGCCUUUUUGGGGUAUUCACAGGUGGAAAGAGGAUUGCAGUGCUGCUGCAACUUUGAAUCACACGUUUUUGCUUUUACCUAUAAUUGGAUUGAACAAAAAGAAAAGCACAGGUCACUCUCACUAGCCGCUAGCGAUCGAACGGAUCGACAGGGACAUUACAUUAGCACUCCAUCUUGUUGCUGAUUAUAAAAGGGAAAAAAACUUGAGAUAUGGUUCCUAAAGUGAAAUGAUAAUCUCAGAUAUGUGCAAUAACAUAAUAAUUCGACCAAUACAGUUGCACCUUUAUGAACAGUAAAAGUUAAGUAAAGGAUAUGUGUGUUUACCUACACCCCCCUCUCCCCUGCAGCUUCAUUUCAGUUUUGCCUGAAUUUGGUAUGCGGCCUGCCUACUUCAUCCAUAUACGGAUAGAUUGCUAACUUUGCAUUAGGAUACAAAAUCAAUAGGAUAGACACCGUACGUGAAUGUGAUCCGCAAGCGAGAUUGAAACGUGAAACGUAAGCUUUACAGGACUUAGUACUCUGAUGAUGUUGUUGUUACUCUGAAUCAUGGAAUAUGUUUCUUCUAUCUAUCGGCGGCAAAGCUGAUGCGCAACAAAUUAAAGCAGGAGACGUCAGUUUCAGAACACUUAUUGUAUUGCUGUCACUUCAACUCAUCUAUAUGUAUCUUCUGCACAAACAGGGAUGGAUGGUGAUCAUGCACUAGAAAUCGAAACAGAACACGUAAGCCUGAUUGGAGUUAUUCCAACACUAUAGCUCUAUAGCGGCUCUUCUAUUAACCACAACGAGAAUGAUGCACAAGAAAUUGAUAUAGAAUAGUAUCACCCUAAUUCAAAUCUGUUUCUUUCAUAAGUUAGAUCAAUAAAAUUCUUUCAUAUAUAGGUUUAUAACAACAACAACACCACCACCUUGCUAUCUUUAUCACCCCAUUAAACCACAAACUAAAUAUCCAUUUCCCUUUACUUAUUACCACAAUAAUAUUCACCACGAAUCAUGCUCAUCACUUCAUCACCUCCCUCUCUAUAUAUUCCAAGGCACAACCGUUCACUUUCCCUCCCACUUUCACAGAACAAUAAUCACACCUACAACACUAAUAAUCAUCAACAUCCCCGGCUGGCCCCCAAUCUCCCACUAUAUAAAGCCCAUCGUCCCACUUCCUAGUUCAAACCAUAAAAGGAAACAACCUCAAAGCAAAGAAGAACAAAACACCCACCUCCUCUACCCUACUCCAUGGAAACUGCUACUCAGAUUGACAGCUUUUGGCUGCUAGUACUAGCCUCCAAAUGCAAAGCCAUCUCCAACUCCUACCAAACCAUUCUCCUCCUCCUCUUCCUCUCCACGGCCUGGCUCGCCAUCGCGCUUUACCACUGGGCCAGCCCUGGCGGCCCAGCCUGGGGCGCCCUGCGUCUCCGAGCCCAAAAGAAGAAGAAGAAGUCGAACACGUGUCACAUCCCCGGGCCGCGAGGGCUCCCUGUGGUGGGAAGCAUGAGCCUCAUGACCAACCUGGCUCACCACAAGCUAGCCGCUGCGGCCACGCGUCACAAGGCCGAGAAGCUCAUGGCCUUCAGCUUGGGAGAAACCCGAGUCAUCAUCACGUCUAACCCGGACGUGGCCAAAGAAAUCCUGACCAGCUCGGCUUUUGCGGACCGGCCUGUCAAGGAGUCGGCCUACCAGCUCAUGUUCAGCCGGGCGAUCGGGUUCGCUCCAUACGGUGCGUACUGGACCACUCUGAGGAGAAUUGCUGCCACCCACAUGUUCUGCCCGAAGCAAAUCGGUUCGACCGCGGGUCAGAGGUUCCGAAUCGCUUCCCAGAUGGUUUCGUCGAUUCAAGGUGGUCGAGGGGAGAAGGGGUUUCGGGUCAGGGAAUUUUUGAAAGGUGCUUCGCUGAACAACAUGAUGUGCUCGGUUUUCGGGCGUGAAUACGAGCUGGGCGAGUCGAGUUUCGAGACUGAACAGCUGAGGGAACUGGUCGAGGAAGGGUACGAGUUGCUAGGGAAGCUCAACUGGUCCGACCAUCUGCCCUGGCUGGCCGGGCUGGACCUGCAGGGAAUCCGGUUCAGAUGCUCCAACUUGGUCCCAAAAGUGAACCGGUUCGUGAACCGUAUCAUCGCGGAACACAGAAAGCAGCCCAACAUUAAUGUUCAGAAACCAACCGCUCGAGAUUUCGUCGACGUUCUGCUCUCGCUGGACGGUCCUGAUAAGUUGUCAGAUCACGAUAUGGUUGCGGUCCUCUGGGAAAUGAUAUUUAGAGGAACGGACACGGUGGCGGUUUUAAUCGAGUGGAUACUAGCGAGAAUGGUUCUCCACCCUGAAAUCCAAGCAAAAGUGCAAGACGAGCUGGAUCGUGUGGUGGGCAAAUCCAGGCCGUUGGCGGAAUCCGACGUUCCAUCGAUGGUUUACCUACCAGCUGUUGUGAAGGAAGGCCUCAGGCUCCACCCGCCCGGCCCACUUCUGUCAUGGGCCCGUUUGGCGACUACCGACACCACGAUAAACGGCCAUGACGUCCCCGCUGGAACCACAGCUAUGGUUAACAUGUGGGCUAUCACGAGGGAUCCAGAGAUAUGGGCCGAGCCCCUGAGGUUCAGCCCGGACCGAUUCUUGGCCGGUGGUGGAAUGGAGGCCGAGUUCUCGGUUAUGGGAAGCGACCUGCGGCUUGCUCCGUUUGGAGCUGGUCGACGGACGUGUCCCGGCAAGGCACUGGGUUUUGCGACCGUCGUGUUUUGGGUCGGCACGCUGUUGCACGAGUUUGAAUGGGUUAAUGGUUCGGAGAACGGCCCGGUGGAUCUAUCCGAGAAAUUGAGGUUGUCGUGUGAAAUGUCGAACCCGCUUGUGGUGAAGGCGAGGCCCAGGAGAUCAUCGAUAAUAUAAUCGUGAAAAUAAGACGUUGAAGUUAGUAUGAAACUACUACAGCAUGUGUUAGACAAAAAAAAAAACAAAAUGUAAAUAUGUGUCACGUUGCUUCUAGUUUGUUUGGUUAGCUUCAUGUUAUCCAUAUAUCUAUGUUUUGUAGCGUCCGAUGUUAUUAUACAGUAUAAUGACAAUAUAUGUGAUGGAUGUCU